AUGGAUUUUCGAUUUAAUUUUCUUAUUGAUGAAAAUGAGAACAACGAGCCAGACGCUCACGGCAAGACGGACUUACAGCCACGCUCUCCACAAGACAAGCAGGAAUCCAUGAAAAAGAGCAAGCAAACCGCUGAUCCCGUAGCAGACUCCAGCCCACAGCUGGGUACUGAUAAGCAGCGAGAUGAGACGCCGUCAGAGAAAAAGUUCUGCUUCAAAGCUGCCAAGGAGCACGAUAUUCCUGAAGAUCUCGACAAAACAUUGGAAAAUAAAGUCAUGGAAACAGCAUCGGGCCUGUAUUACGUCAAUACAUCUGUAGUGGAAAUGACGUGCUUGGGUGGCGCCGACAGGGAAGGCAUCGUGUCUCAAAGUGUUUCCUCUCGCUCCGACCUCAUCCCAGGAGUCUACGAGGGAGGACUGAAAAUCUGGGAAUGCACCUUUGAUCUCAUAGACUACUUCUCCGAGGCUGAAAUACAGUUUACCAACAAGACCGUACUGGAUCUUGGCUGUGGGGCUGGGCUGCUGGGAAUAGUUGCUUUAAGGGGUAAAGCUGAAAAAGUCCAUUUUCAGGACUACAACAGCACAGUGAUUGAUGAAAUAACCGUGCCCAACGCGGUGGCUAACUGCAUAAAUAAAGGCAACAGGACGGGCAGCGGAGGCGACGGAAAAAAUAGCAAGCCUCCUUUGAAGAGGCCCAAGAAAGCGGAGCGCUUACCUGACGUGCUCACCAAAUGCAGGUUUUUUUCUGGAGAGUGGUCUGAAGUCAGCCAGCUCCUGUUCACCAGCAACAAGCCCUUUUCAAAGUACGACAUAAUUCUCACAUCUGAGACCAUCUAUAAUCCUGACUACUACAGUGCGUUGCAUGAUACGUUGGCUCAGCUCUUGGAUAAAAGCGGCCGUGUGUACCUGGCAAGCAAAGCGCAUUAUUUUGGGGUUGGCGGUGGCAUCCCCCUCUUUGAGAAAUUUGUUGUAGAGAGAAAUGUGUUUAGGACCAGCAUAGUUAAAACAAUUGAUAAAGGACUGCAGCGAUGUAUUAUGGAAAUGGCCUUUAAAGAUUCCAGUUAA